GCUGCGCCGCGCUCCUGUGUGGUUGUUGCCACAGCUCCAGACGAGAAUUGUUAAUAAAAUUACCCACAACGGUGUGUUUUGUUAUAAACUACUCUCACGGACUAAAGGACAAAGUGUCCAAACACUGAGGGAAAACUCCUGCUGAAGCGACUGAUCUCCACACUGUUAUAAAGAUGGCGUUCAUUAAAGAGGAGAGUGAAGAUGUGAAGAUUGAAGAAAUAAUUAUCAAACAAGAAGAUCUGCAGGAACAAACAGAGUCGGUGAUGCUGAAAGAAGAGACUCAAGAACUGAACGAAACUGAAGAGAAAGAUCAGUUUGAGAAGCACCAAGAAUUAAUGACUGAUGAAAUAUCUGCUGAGACGAAAAAGACUUCACCUCAUGAAAGAGACCAGAAAACCAAAUCUGAAGGUAACUUUACCUGCAGUCAGCGUGGAGUGAGUUUUACUCAAAAACACAACCUUGAAGCCCACAUGAGUACUCACACCGGAGAGAAGCCUUACCCGUGUCCUGAGUGUGGAAAAGGUUUCAGACGAAAGCACAUCCUUGCCGUUCACAUGAGAGUUCACACCGGAGAGAAGCCUUUCUCAUGUGAUCUAUGUGGAAAGAGUUUCAAUCUGAUGAAAAAUAUGAAAAUCCACAGGAGAAUUCACACCGGGGAGAGGCCGUAUGCCUGCCAACAGUGUGGAAAGACAUUCAGGCAAAUUCAGAUCCUUAAGAAUCACAUCAAACUUCACACUGGCGAGAGGCCUUACACUUGCACACAGUGUGAAAUGAGCUUCAUUCAAAAACAAAAACUUGAAGCGCACAUGGCAGUUCACAACACAGAGAGGCCAUUUGCUUGCCAACAAUGUGGAGGACACUUCGCUCAUAAAGAUUACCUUACAUUACACAUGAAAAUUCACACUGGAGAGAAACCUUUCGCCUGCCAACAAUGUGGAAAGAGUUUCAAUCGAAAACAGUGCCUUAAAGUCCACAUGAGGGUUCACACUGGAGAGAAACCUUACAUUUGCUCUCAAUGCGGGAAGAGUUUUACACAGAAAAACAAUCUUAAUUACCACAUGAGAACUCACACCGGAGAGAAGCCUUACACUUGCACAAAGUGCGGUAAACACUUUACAUGUAAUAACUACCUUACUGCUCACAUGAGGACUCACACCGGAGAGAGGCCUUUUAUUUGUGGUCAGUGUGGAAAGAGUUACUGUCAGAGACGCAACCUCAGCCAACACAUGAAGCUCCACAUUGAAGAAAAGAAUGUACAAAAUGAAGAGGUGGAAAGUAACGAAUUACAUUUACUCAACGUUACGGACAAAGUGUCCAAACACAGAGGGAAAACUCCUGCUGAAGCGACUGAUCUCCACACUGUUAUAAAGAUGGCGUUUAUUAAAGAGGAGAGUGAAGAUGUGAAGAUUGAAGACACAUUCACAGUCAAACAUGAAGAUCCUGAGGAACAAACAGAGCUGAUGGUGUUGAAAGAAGAGACCCAAGAACUGAAUGAAAUGGCAGAGAAAGAUCAGUUUGAGAACCACCAAGAUUUAAUCGCUGGUUUAAAAUCCACAAAGAUUAAAAGAACUUCACCUCAUAAAAGAGAUCAGGAAACCAAAUCUACUGGUAACUGUACCUGCAGUCAAUGUGGGAAAUGUUUUGCUCAAAAACACAACCUUAGAGUCCACAUGAGUGCUCACGCCAGAGAGAGACCUUACCCGUGUCCUGAGUGUGGAAAGAGUUUCAGACAAAAGCAAUACCUUGCUGUUCACAUGAGAAUUCACACCGGAGAGAAGCCGUUCUCGUGUGAUCAGUGCGGAAAGAGUUUCAGGCAAUUAAUAAUCCUUCGGCAUCACAUCAGACUUCACACUGGAGAGAAGCCUUAUGCCUGCCCUCAGUGCGGAAUGAGAUACAUUCAUAAACAAAGACUUGAAAAGCACAUGGCAGUUCACAAUGAAACCAAGCCAUUCAUUUGCCAACAAUGUGGAAAAGGUUUUACUCUAAACUUAAACCUUAAACAACACAUGAUUAUUCACACUGGAGAGAAACCUUUCGUCUGCCAACAGUGUGGAAAGAGUUUCAAUUACAAACAACAAGUUGAAGUCCACAUGAGAGUUCACACUGGAGAGAGACCUUACAUCUGCUCUCAAUGCGGAAAGAGUUUUACACAGAAAGGCAACCUUGAUUCUCACAUGAGAACUCACAACGGAGAGAGACCUUACACUUGCACAGAGUGCGGCAAAAGCAUUACAAGUAAAAACUCUCUUGAUGCUCACAUGAGGACUCACACUGAGAAGAAGCCUUACACUUGCUCUGAGUGUGGACAGAGUUUUGCAAAGAGACAUGGUCUUAAAGUCCACAUGAGAGCUCACAGUGGAGAGCAGACGUACACUUGCGCACAGUGUGGUAAAAACUAUACCAGUAAAACCUACCUCAAAUCUCACAUGAGGACUCACACUGGAGAGAAGCCGUUUGUAUGUGGUCAGUGUGGAAAGAGUUUCUAUCACAGAGGCAGCCUCGGCUAUCAUAUGAAGUGCCACAAUGAAGAACAGAAGCAAAUAUCCCCCAAAACAAUCAGAGACUUCUAAAACAAUUACAGAAAUAAUAAACUGAAAUGCAAAAGUGUAAAUCAGGGAUGACCAACCUUGUUCCUGGGGAUCUACCUUCAGCUCCAACCCAUAUCAAACACACCUGCCUGUAAUUAUCAAGUGCUCUUUUGGUCCUAAUCAAUUGGUUCAGGUGUGCUGGAUCAGGGUGAGAGCUGAACUCUGCAGGAAGGUACAUCUCCAGGAAGUUGAGCACCCCUGGUGUAAAUAAAAAAAUCAAACUUGGUCCUGGAUGGCCGGUGUCCUGCAAAGUUUAUUUCCAACCCCAAUCAGACACGCCUGGGCUAGCUAAUCAAGCCCUCACUAGGCUUUCUAAAAACAUCCGUCUAGGUGUGUUAACGCAAAUUGGAGCUAAAAUCUGCAGGACACUGGUCCUCCAGGACCGAGUUUGGGCAACCCUGAUCUAAACUAUAUUUUCUCUUCGUUGCGUUUGCCGCAUGAAACAUAUGCUGGAGAAAUUGGUGGUUCAUUCCACUGUGGCAACUCCUGAUUAAUCAGUGACUAAGCCGAAUGAUAGUAAGCAUACAGUGUUUGUGUUGCACAUCAUAGAAGAUGAUGCAAGCAUCUGUUUAUUUUAAAUAUAGUACAAAACUUUAAUCUUAGCAUUAUUACAAAUUUUUUCACAAAGUGAAGUUUCACAAACUCUCGGCACUCUCUGUGCGGAGUUUGCAUGUUCUACCUGUGUUCGCGUGAGUUUUCCCCGGAUACUCCGGUUUCCUCCUACAGUCUAAAAACAUGUACAUAAGCGAAUUGUAAGAACAGUCAGAAGCACUUAAUUCAUACAUACUGAAUCAAGUAGAACCAACAUAUUAACCAAAGGCUCUCGAGAAAUACCUGAUCUCGUAUCCCUGCUAAUGCUCAUUGACCAGGCGGGAACCUUGGGCUCAUCUAUUUCCGAGCUCGGGGUUCUCUCCCGGGACAGCAUGCCAGACCUGCUAUCAUAGUCGAGCAUUAUCUAAGUGUGAACUGUUGAAUGUUUGUGAGACGCCACUUGUUGACAGCCAAGGCAGGCAAAUGAUUGGGCCCCAGGCCAGAACUCUGAAUCACGGCACAGAUUUGCGUCAAAUAAGAUGUCAUUUCUAACAAAAUCCAGCCAAAUUGAAGUUUCUGCCGUUCAAAACCACUUGCCAAAGUAAAGUAACACCUUUAAGCUACCAUUGAUCUGUGGUGUUAUAUUUGGAGGUCAGAGUCAGAGAGAACUACAGAAGAACUGCAUAUAGCAGACAUUUCGUGCAUAUUUCGGUUCAAAACAACACAAAAUAUAGCCUACAGUCAGUGAAAACCUCUUAUCUGUGUCUGUAAUCUUCAGCAGCACAUGUAGCCUCUGUUAGAGAGGAAUUCCGUCAUUCCCGGUUCAUAUUAGUCCAAAAGGUGAAGAUAAUAAGUUAGUUAAUCAUGGCAUUUUGUUCAUGUUUGCUGAAUAAUGUGCUCUUUUUUUUCCGGCUCCUCCUUGGUUUUUUCCGCACUUCACUCUCGCGUUUGUCAGUGUCUGACAGGAUCGGGUUUCAAAAGCACAUCAAUAAUCAAGCGCAGGUUAUUAUCAUCAGCUAAAGAAGUUUGUCAUUUCAGAUAUAACGUUAGACGCGCGGCGAGCGCAAGCAAGAAAGCGAAACCUCUCGCGACUCAGACUGGCUCAUAAAAAACUACGGGGCACAGGGUAAAUCUGCUCUUCUUGGAUU